AUGAGCCACAAAUGGACAGCAAAUACUUAUGUAGAGUUAUCAUCCUGUGCUAUGCAGGAAGUGGGGGCUAAAAUUCAAUGGUCACCAUGGAUUGUAUCCCGUGACAAUGUCAACAUACCUAUGAUAAAAAAUCAGUACAUCUCCCAUGUAAUAUCAGUCUUGUUGGACUCCCCUGGAUUUCUGGACUAUCCCCAUUGCAAUGAUAAAAAUUUACAAUCACCACCACCUGUUGAAGAAUUACCUUGUGGGCCAGAACAAGUUGUGAAGCAAUAUAUACUCUGCACAGCUGAUAUUGAAGAGGCAAGCUAUGAGGGAAAUGAUAAAGUUAUUGCUGAAUGGUUCCAUCAGCUAGGAAUAGACAGUGAGGCAGAGAAAAAUACUUGGACCAAGCAAGUAAUACCAUGGAUUGGCAAUCAAAUGACAGUAAACAGGCUGCGGGGACUUUUUAGGCAUAAACACAAAGAUUUCAACUCUUUUGAACAUAUGGACUACAUGAUUCUAGUCUUUGGAUGGCUUCACCUUGUUAAGGCCUUUUCUAUCUUGCUGCACAAACAAUAUCUUGGAACAUUAGCAGGCUACAAAAAAUGGAGACUAAAGGGUCUUUUUGGCACCAUCUUGAUGAGGCUUUAUGACAUAUAA